CCAAUGCCCUCUUCUUCUUCUUCUUCUUCUUAAAUCCCAGAGCUGUUCUUUCUUUGUUUUCCCAUUGUGGGUUCAAAAAUGAUGAGUGGGGGAAGUCCAAGUAGUGCAAGGAAUUUCAGGUACCCUUUCACAGCAACACAAUGGCAAGAGCUAGAGCAUCAAGCUCUCAUCUUCAAGUACAUGGUCUCUGGAGUCCCCGUCCCAACUGAUCUUGUCUAUUCCUUUAAAAGAAGACUGGAUUCCUCAAUGUCUUCCAGACUCUUCCCUCAUCACCCUUUUGGGUGGGGUUGCUAUGAUAUGGGGUUUGGCAGAAAGAUAGACCCAGAGCCAGGAAGGUGCAGAAGAACAGAUGGUAAAAAAUGGAGGUGUUCAAAGGAAGCAUACCCAGAUUCUAAGUACUGUGAGAGGCAUAUGCACAGAGGCAGAAACCGUUCAAGAAAGCCUGUGGAAGCUUCUUCUAGUUCUUCUACUACAAACACUACUCCUAAUAGUGAUACUAUUCCCACACCUCCAGACUACAACCCUGCUUCAAUCCACAAAAACCUCUCCAAAACCUCCCCUUCAAUGUUCUCCUCAUCUUUCAGCAAUGAAACACCUCAAACCCAACACCAAAGUUCAUCUCUUUAUCCAUUCCUUUCUAGGCCACAGGGUUCUAAUACCAACCCUCAACUCUUUCUCAACUCUGGAUCUUAUGUUAAUGAAGCUGAUCACAGAGAUUACAGGUAUCUUCAAGGAACAAAGGAAGGUGUGGAUCAUGAGCUAGCCUUCUUUCCUGCAGAGUCUUCUGAAAAUGCAAGAAGCUUUAUGAGCUCCUACAAAGGGUACUCAUCCCAGUCUCAGUUCCAAAGCCUCACAGAACAUUAUCCACAGCAACAAUCCCAGGAUGAGCAGCAUUGCUAUGUUUUGGGCACUGAUUUCAAAUCAAGCAGACCAAUGAAAAUAGAGAAUAAAGAAGCUGAUCAGACCCAAAAGUCCCUCCACCAUUUCUUUGGAGACUGGCCUCCAAAGUCCACAGACACCUGGCUGGAUCUUGCACCCAAUUCCAGACUUCAUCGUGAUGGUUGAACAAGUCUUCUUGUGACUCUCCCAGUUAUGAUCAAGGCCAAAAGAGUACUGGGGUGGUGGGUCAUUUGCGUUUGUUAGAUGGAUUGGUUGGCUAGGGGGAGAUUUUCUUUUGCUAAAGCUUAUGGUGAAUGAAUAAUGUAGGGUCUACUAUUGAAGGAUUUUCUGUUUUUUGCUUUAUCUUGAUAUUUAUUUGAGUCUUCUACUCCCUCUAAGAAAACAUGUCCGAUAUUUGUAGACUUGCUUGUUUGACUGGAAGCAUUUUGAAAAUGCUAGGGGGCCUCCAGGCUCCAAGUUCUGUAAUGGAGGACCCAAGUUCUCAUAGAAAAAAAGUUCUGUAAUGGAGGACCCAAGAUGAGGAACAUCAAACAUGUCAUCUGUAAUGAAUUGGAUAAUUUACAACCCAAUUUACUUUUUCUGUUUUCUCAAAAGUUUA